GCAUGGCCGGGGUCCCGAUCUGCGCCCUCCUCCCGCUCCUCGUCGGCGUCUGCGGCGCCGUCACCGGCUCACGGGUCUAUCCCGCCAACGAAGUUACCUUGCUGGAUUCCAGAUCAGUUCAGGGAGAACUGGGGUGGAUAGCAAGUCCCCUGGAAGGAGGGUGGGAGGAAGUGAGCAUCAUGGACGAGAAGAACACUCCUAUCCGCACCUACCAAGUCUGCAACGUGAUGGAGCCCAGUCAGAAUAAUUGGUUACGAACUGACUGGAUUCCCCGUGAGGGGGCUCAGAGGGUUUACAUUGAAAUCAAGUUCACGCUAAGAGACUGCAACAGCCUGCCUGGUGUCAUGGGAACUUGCAAAGAGACUUUCAACCUUUAUUACUACGAAUCAAACAACGAUAAAGAGCGUUUUAUUCGCGAGAGCCAGUUUGCCAAGAUCGACACCAUUGCUGCCGAUGAGAGCUUCACACAGGUGGACAUUGGUGACAGGAUCAUGAAGCUGAAUACAGAGAUCCGGGACGUGGGCCCACUCAGCAAGAAGGGGUUUUAUUUGGCUUUCCAGGACGUCGGUGCCUGCAUUGCUUUGGUCUCGGUCCGUGUGUUCUACAAGAAGUGCCCGCUGACGGUUCGGAACCUGGCGCAGUUUCCAGACACCAUCACUGGGGCUGACACCUCCUCUCUGGUGGAGGUUCGUGGCUCCUGUGUCAACAACUCUGAAGAGAAGGAUGUGCCAAAAAUGUACUGUGGGGCAGAUGGCGAGUGGCUGGUGCCCAUUGGCAACUGCCUGUGCAACGCUGGCUACGAGGAGCGCAAUGGAGAAUGCCAAGCCUGCAAAAUCGGAUACUACAAGGCUCUCUCGACAGACGUGGCCUGUGCCAAGUGCCCCCCUCACAGCUACUCCAUCUGGGAAGGCUCCACGUCCUGCACCUGCGACCGGGGCUUCUUCCGAGCGGAAAACGAUGCUGCCUCCAUGCCCUGCACUCGCCCUCCAUCUGCUCCCCAGCACCUGAUCUCCAAUGUCAACGAGACCUCCGUGAACCUGGAGUGGAGCCCCCCGCAGAACAAGGGCGGUCGGGAGGACAUCUCCUACAACGUGGUGUGCAAGCGGUGCGGGGCGGGCGAGCUGAGCCGCUGCCGCUCCUGCGGCAGUGGGGUGCACUUCAGCCCCCAGCAGAACGGCCUGAAAACCACCAAGGUCUCCAUCACUGACCUCCUGGCACACACCAACUACACCUUUGAGGUCUGGGCGGUGAAUGGGGUGUCCAAGCAAAACCCCAGCCAGGACCAGGCUGUGUCAGUCACUGUGACAACGAACCAAGCAGCUCCGUCCCCGAUUGCAUUGAUCCAGGCUAAGGAGAUAACAAGGCACAGCGUUGCCUUGGCUUGGCUGGAGCCUGACAGGCCAAAUGGAGUCAUCCUGGAGUAUGAGGUCAAAUACUAUGAAAAGGACCAGAACGAGCGCAGCUAUCGCAUCGUGAAGACGGCCUCCAGGAACACGGACAUCAAGGGCCUCAACCCGCUCACCUCCUACGUGUUCCACGUGCGCGCCAGGACGGCAGCGGGAUACGGCGACUUCAGCGGGCCCUUCGAGUUCACCACCAACACAGUUCCUUCCCCCAUCAUCGGCGAUGGUACCAAUCCCACAGUGCUUCUUGUUUCAGUGGCUGGCAGUGUUGUUCUUGUGGUCAUUCUCAUUGCAGCCUUUGUCAUCAGCAGGAGGCGCAGUAAGUACAGCAAGGCAAAGCAGGAGGCAGAUGAGGAGAAACACUUGAACCAAGGUGUUAGAACAUAUGUGGAUCCUUUUACAUAUGAGGAUCCAAACCAAGCUGUGAGGGAAUUUGCCAAAGAAAUUGAUGCCUCCUGCAUAAAGAUUGAAAAAGUUAUUGGUGUGGGGGAGUUUGGUGAAGUGUGCAGUGGACGCCUCAAAGUGCCAGGAAAAAGAGAGAUCUGUGUUGCUAUCAAGACUCUAAAAGCUGGUUACACUGAUAAACAAAGGAGAGACUUUCUGAGUGAGGCCAGUAUCAUGGGACAAUUUGACCACCCCAAUAUCAUCCACUUGGAAGGUGUAGUUACUAAAUGUAAACCAGUAAUGAUCAUAACUGAGUACAUGGAGAAUGGCUCCUUGGAUGCCUUCCUCAGGAAGAAUGAUGGCAGAUUCACAGUGAUCCAGCUGGUGGGGAUGCUCCGUGGCAUUGGCUCAGGGAUGAAGUACCUGUCUGACAUGAGCUACGUGCACCGGGACCUCGCUGCUCGCAACAUUCUGGUCAACAGCAACCUGGUGUGCAAAGUGUCUGAUUUCGGCAUGUCCCGCGUCCUGGAGGACGACCCCGAGGCAGCUUACACCACACGGGGUGGCAAGAUCCCCAUCAGGUGGACAGCUCCCGAGGCCAUCGCCUACCGCAAGUUCACCUCGGCCAGCGACGUCUGGAGCUACGGCAUCGUCAUGUGGGAGGUGAUGUCCUACGGGGAGAGGCCCUACUGGGACAUGUCCAACCAAGAUGUGAUUAAAGCCAUCGAGGAAGGGUACCGGCUGCCCCCGCCCAUGGACUGCCCCAUCGCUCUGCACCAGCUGAUGUUGGACUGCUGGCAGAAGGAGCGCAGCGACCGGCCCAAGUUCGGGCAGAUCGUCAACAUGCUGGACAAGCUCAUCCGUAACCCCAACAGCCUGAAGAGGACAGGCAGCGAGAGCUCCAGGCCUAGCACAGCCCUGCUGGAUCCCAGCUCCCCUGAGUUCUCGGCGGUUGUUUCUGUCAGUGACUGGCUGCAAGCCAUGAAAAUGGAGCGAUACAAGGAUAACUUCACAGCUGCUGGCUAUACCACCCUUGAGGCUGUGGUGCAUAUGAACCAGGAGGACCUGGCCAGGAUUGGGAUCACGGCCCUGGCACACCAGAACAAGAUCCUGAGCAGCGUCCAAGCGAUGCGCACCCAAAUGCAACAGAUGCACGGCAGGAUGGUUCCCGUCUGAGCCAGCACUGAAUAAACUCAAAACUCUUGAAAUUAGUUUACCUCAUCCAUGCACUUUAAUUGAAGAACUGCACUUUUUUUACUUCGUCUCCUCGCCCGUUGGAAUAAAGAUCUGCAGCAUUGCUUGAUGUACAGAUUGCGGAACCCGAGCGUGUGUGUUGGGAGGGGGCCUCCAGAAAUGACAGCCGUCAUUUGAAACCAGACCUGGAACAAAUUGUUUCUUGGAACACACUUCUCUGUUGAUCAAUGAUAUGUAAAAUACAUGUAUCUAUAUAAAUAUAAAGUCACAUUCAAGUUUUGAUGCUAUGUUUGCUGCCAGAUACUGUGCUUAAAAAACAACAGCGUUACUUUCCUUCUCCCUGUGACCUGUAGGAUUACAACCAUAGUGUUUUAUUUGUGGGUGAAACCACCGUUGUGUACCUUUCACUGGAAUGAAGAACCUGCCCUAGGAUAUUCUUUGCAGACUUGAUGCAUCACUAACACCUUGCAAAAACCUCAGUGAGAAUAUCGUGGCUAAUCAGUGCCUGCCAAUUAGUGAUCUACCCGUUCAUGGGCUUGAGACAUGAAGUGACCCACCUUGUGGAUUAGUGGGCAAAACUGGACUUCUGGGGAGGUUCUUGGCUGUUGUGCUUUGCUGAAGCCUACCAUUGAAAGACUUUUGUGACCAUCUUGCCGGUAGUCAGCUGUGACAAUCGUGGCUGUGGAGCUUUCAGACUUCUUUUCUCUUUCAAGGAACUUACUCCCUUUGCCUCACAGAAGAGUAUGUAAGUUAGAUUCCUUUAAAGUCCUUCUGAGGACCAAAGUGAUGAGAUGACCUUAGAAAAAAGAUGGGCCACUUACUCUGUGCUGAGUAGGAGGAGGAUUUUCAUGACAUGUCCUUUAGAACUGACAUUGCAUUUCAGCUGUGCCAGGCACAAUGUCAGAAAGGUGAGAUUUAUAGUUUAAUGGCACUAAGUCUGGUUCUUUAGUCUAUAAUAUUUUGGUCCUACUCCACACCUGACAGCAAAUUCAGAAAUGAUUUAGUGGCUUUAUAUGUCAAACUUUCUUAAUAAUUGAGUUUAUCCUAAAUCCAAAACAGUUCACUCAGUUGGACAAAUCACACAUACUGUAUUGUCACUCACAUCACUUUUUGUCACAUUUAACAAUAACUUGCUGAUUUUAACCACUAACUCUCCCUCACUCCCAACUCUCUCAGAGAACAACUUGUUCUGAAUAUGAGAUGCUAAAUUUGGAUCCUGUCAAGUCAUGACAGCUCAGUAUAAACUGUUCUGCAGUAUUACUUAUAAAAGCUUUUCCAUUUCAAGAAAUUUAAGAUUUCUUUAAAAAAUCUACUUAAACCAGUAUGCUUUAAUGUCACUUUGCCAGGCAACAUAAGAUGUAGUUACUCAUUUUAAAGACCUGACAUUUGUACUUUCAGCAGGAAAAACUCUUCUGCCUCUCGAGUGCAGAGAUACUUGAAGUUUCCUUGCUGUAAAUCUGUUGCGUUCUGUUGAGAUCAUCUUUUUAUCUAAAACCAAAAUACACCCAAUUUUCUGGCCAGUUUGUUAAAUUGCUGUCUUGGAGUCUAGUAGUGGUAAUUCAAAACAGUGCAAUAUUUUCCACACAAAAUGGAAAACUGUGUCCCUAUAGAAUGAAAACUGUGAAGGCAGCUCAGAUGCUGGGUUUUCAGCACUGCCACUGGUGGUUGUGUUUCCUGUGAUAAAAUAUGGCAAAUGAGGGGCAUCCACUGGAAUGUGAUUUUAGCUUGAAGAGAGCAGAUGGAAGAAAAAAAAGGUGGCCCAUGUAAACAUAGAUAGAAAGAUAGAUUGGUUGAUUACAUAUCUGUAUGUAAGGUAUGCCAUGGAAGCAAGACUUUGAAAUAGUGUGAGGGAAGGAAGAAGGACAAGGAAGGUAAAGGGUUCCCACCCUUUGAGUGCUGCCAUUUUGGGAAGGUC